GCGUAGUGUCAAAGAUUGCAUAAUACUAGAAUACAUUCUCAAAAUUUUGAUAUACAAGCUAUUUGUAUGCACUUAAACAGUUUAUAGUACAGUUUCUAUUUGGUGUUCAAGCCUUGAUCACGUUAUGGAUAUUUUUCAGUAUCAAAAAUUUUUCAUUUACGCUAUAACGUUUAUGGGAUAUGCUUGGUCCGAUUAUGGAACCGGACUACUAGGCAACUUGCGUGAUUUUGUUCUCAUAGCAGAGUCAAUUUUCUCAGACUUUGUACAGAAUGCAAUCACCGUCGGACGCAAGUUCCAUGACAUACACGAGAUCUUUGAUGCCGCCGUUGAAGAGCAUUGCAUUUUCAAAUGUUCUUCAGGAGCACCACCAAAGGGAGAUUGGAAUCAUAUAGCACAGAGUAAUGGAUGUGGUUCCUUGGGAAUUGAGAUAAAUCAAAAAUAUCUACCAUUAGAAGAAAUGACCAAAUGCUGCAAUUUUCAUGAUAUAUGCUAUGACACUUGUAAUUCGGAUAAAGAAAAAUGUGAUUUAGAGUUUAAACGAUGUCUGUACAAAUACUGUCAAAGUUAUCAACCAACAGGGGUAACAAUUGUUAAUACUUGCAAGGCAGCAGCUAAACUAUUAUUUACAGGAACAACUGCACUUGGUUGCAAAAGCUAUCUUGAUGCACAGAAACAGGCAUGUUACUGCAACAAUAAUAAUAAAAACAAAAAUUUUAAACAUACUGGUCAAUCAGGUGGAGAAUUAUAAUCAAA